GCUACUUCGAGGACCCGAAUUCGACUGCGGACGCAUCCUUCCAUGAAAUUUUAUUUUAACCCAGAAAAAGAAGAUUUAAAAAAAAGGGCACUCGCUACGGCCCGAAAACCUACCUACCUACCUAAACAAUCCUCCCUCUCAUCUCGUCCAUCCCACCUACAGGUUCCUCCCACCAACCCCUCUUAUCCUUCGAUAACUCAACUACUACUCCCCCUACCAACCACACGCAGAGCUCCGCCGCUCCGUCACUAGCAGUAGCAGCAGCCGUCCCACGAACCCAGACCAGGAUUGCCGGACUGGCACGAGGCAAAGAUACGAGCCAUUCUCCGUCGCUUCGGAGCUCCAGGCACCAUAGGUCGCCGGAAGAGGCCGCGCCAUCAGAGAGGGCCGAAGCCGCGUCCGUGGCUACCGCUCGGGAUGGGUCAAGAGACGUCGCAGCUCGUGGACCCGGAUACCCCGCCCGACACCCUGUCGGAGCGCAGCUUGGCCGCCGUUGCCCAGCUCAUCAAGGACGGCCGCGCCAAACGCAUCGUCGUCAUGACCGGCGCCGGCAUCUCCACCGCGGCCGGAAUCCCCGACUUCCGCUCCCCCAAGACGGGGCUGUACCACAAUCUCGCGCGCCUCAACCUGCCCAAUCCCGAGGCCGUCUUCGAGAUCGACUUCUUUCGCCGUAACCCGGCGCCGUUCUACCUCCUCGCCAAGGAGCUGUAUCCGGGCAACUUUAGCCCGACCGUGUCUCACCUAUUCAUCGCCCUGCUGGCUAAGAAGGGCCUCCUGCGCAUGCUCUUCACCCAGAACAUCGACUGCCUCGAGCGCGCCGCCGGCGUGCCCGCCCAUCUCAUCGUCGAGGCCCACGGCAGCUUCGCUACCCAGCGCUGCAUCGACUGUCGGACCGCCUACCCAGAUGACCUGAUGGCGGACCACGUACGCCGCGGCGAGCCGGCGCGCUGCCCCGAGCCGGGCUGCAACGGCCUUGUCAAGCCCGAUAUCGUCUUCUUCGGCGAGCAGCUACCCCAGCUCUUCUACGAGAACCGCUCGGUGCCGGCGGCGGCCGACCUGCUGCUCGUCAUGGGCACGAGCCUGCUCGUGCAACCCUUCGCCAGCCUACCGCGCGGCGCCGGCCCGGGCGUACCUCGCCUACUCUUCAACCUCGAGCGUGUCGGCGACCUCGGCUCCCGCGCCGACGACGUCCUGUGCCUCGGCGACUGCGACUCGGGCGUCCGCAAGCUGGCCGACGCGCUGGGCUGGCGCGACGAGCUCGAGGCGGCGUGGCGCGCCACCGUCGGCGACGCCGAGGCGGACCGCCAGAUCGCCGGCGCCAGCGCCGAGGAGGAGAAGAAGGAGAGGGAGAAGGGGGCGGCCGUCACCCGGGACGAGCUCAACCACCUCGUCGAGGACAUGGGACUAAAGUUGGGGCUCUCCUACGAAGAGGGCCGCGCCGCCGCAGCCGUCUCCAACCGGUUCGGAUUCGACGCUAACCUCCUGAAGCAGAUGCAAGAAAGACAUAGGAGAGGGGGGGCCAGCCGCGGCAGCGACGGCGGUGGUGCUGCGAAAGGGUCCGCUCAGGAGGCUACUACGCGCGCUGAUGCGCCGCAGCGCGCAGGCGACGGCAAGGCAGGCCCGUCGGGAUCUCCUCGCCCUGUUCCUGCGGCAGAGGGCGAGAGAAGCCCGUCAUCGCCAUCGUCGCCGCCGCCACGAGGGGAGGAGCGAGGAGAAAGCAAGGACGCCCAAGCAGAGGCGAAGGACGGUGAGAAAGCAUCCUUGAGCUACGAGCCCACAAAACAACCGGCCGUGCCGAAAGAGGACGGCCCGGAAGGAAAGGACAGCCUGGAAGGGAAGAACAGCCUAGAAGGGAAGGACAGCCUGGAAGGAAAGGACAGCCCGGGAGCCGCUGCCGAGACCGGUGGUGCCGACAGCGGCGACAAGCUCGCCUCGACGCUGUGAGAGAGGGUUGAUACAGCCACUUCGCAGCGGCCCACGAUGCUGGUUUCGCUGCACGAGAGUGGUUUCGUCGAAUCGCCUAGGCAGUUGACUUAACUAUUGGUUUCGUUCUCGCAAGUCCGACGGAUAUGUGGGAUGCGAUCCGGGUAUCCCAUGGCGGGACAAUGACAACUACAGCAGGACGACGAGGCAUAGGGUAUCGAUUGUAUGUACGGUAACUAGUGUGGUGGUGACGUGUUGUAGAAGAACAAGAAGAAGAAGAGGGCGAGGGCUAGCACGACUUGUCGCGGAAGCCCAGGCAUGUCGUGUGUGCGCUCGCCCUCCUUGCUCGCGCAGGCGGACUUCGGCCGAGGCAAGAGACGGAGCCAGGCAGAUCGGCAGAAUGGCCAGUCGGAGACGGUUAAGCAGAUGUAAAUAUAACCAUGACGUUGCUUUUCUCGCCUCCACGCCCGGCUCUCUCGGGCCAU